AUGUCAUCAUAUGAAAGUCGUGAUUCAUUUUCAAAUUUUCCUCCACUAGGAAAAGCAAUAAAACUUUCUUCGAGUUUGAUUUGUGAUCGUCCAGCCAAAGAAAUACAAAUUCAUUUAAACGAUUUAAUACAUUCAAUAAGUCAACAAUUUUCAAUUAUAACCUCAAUACCAAAAAGAACAACUUCUUUGUCAUCGAAUUCUUUUAGAGCCACCAGGACGCCCAGUCUUACACCAACGACUCCAAGAUCUCCCAUAUCACCGACCACACCUCACACUCCAACAGCUUCACAUCCCAAAUCUUCCCAUACCGUAACCUUCUCCCCAAUUCAUAAAUCUUUUGAUGAUAAUUCAACACAUAAGCAAAUCACUAAACCUUAUCAUUGGGCAACACUUUAUGUACUGAUAAAAAUAUGUUUAACGGAUUUAGAAUACUGGGAAAAAGGAACGGGACAUCCAGAAGGUCGAAUUUCCGAUAUGUUUUAUUCACAUCCAAAAUUAUUAUAUAUGUGUCGAGAAACCAAAUUAAAAGAUCAGAAAAGAUUAAUCGAAAACAUCUUGACGGAUUUGGGCAAAAUGAAAGAAACCGUUUAUAAAUUUCUUCGAACAAAAAACUGA